AUGACCACGUAUGAAGAGUUUAUACAGCAGAACGAGGAUCGUGAUGGCGUGCGCCUUACAUGGAAUGUUUGGCCAUCUAGUCGAAUUGAUGCAAGUAGGAUGGUAGUACCGCUGGCGUGUCUCUACCAGCCACUAAAAGAGCGACCAGAUUUGCCACCAAUACAAUAUGAACCAGUGCUAUGCACUCGUGGCAAUUGUCGUGCCAUAUUAAAUCCUCUCUGCCAAGUAGAUUACAGAGCGAAGCUGUGGGUUUGUAAUUUCUGUUUUCAAAGAAAUCCAUUUCCACCGCAAUAUGCAGCAAUAUCUGAACAACAUCAACCCGCUGAGUUGAUACCAAGUUUUAGCACAAUCGAGUACACAAUUACACGAGCGCCCUGUAUGCCACCUGUUUUUAUAUUUUUAGUUGAUACAUGCAUGGAUGAAGAGGAAUUAGACGCAUUAAAGGAUUCGUUACAAAUGUCUUUAAGUUUGCUGCCACCAAAUGCAUUGGUCGGUUUAAUAACAUUUGGUAAAAUGAUACAAGUGCACGAACUGGUGGUUAAAGGUUAUUCCAAAAGUUACGUUUUUCGUGGUACAAAGGAUUUGACUGCCAAACAAGUACAGGAAAUGCUUGGAAUUGGAAGAGGUGGUGGCGUUGCGCCUGGUGGACCAGGUCAACCAGGGCAACAAAUGCCCGCACCUGGGCAGCAACGUGCACCUACUGCCGCUGCUCCGCCUGUAAAUCGUUUCUUGCAACCGAUAUCAAAAUGUGAUAUUGUAUUGGGAGAUUUAUUGAGUGAACUGCAGCGUGAUCCUUGGCCAGUACCUCAGGGCAAACGUUACCUGCGGUCUACUGGAGCUGCUUUAGCUAUUGCUGUUGGCUUGCUCGAAUGCACCUACCCGAAUACCGGUGGGCGCAUUUUGUCAUUCGUUGGUGGACCUUGCUCCCAGGGUCCCGGUCAAGUAGUCGAUGAUGAACUAAAACAUCCAAUAAGAUCACAUCACGAUAUACAUAAGGAUAACGUUAAAUUUAUGAAGAAAGCCAUUAAACAUUACGAAGCGCUGGCGUUACGUACAGCUACGAAUGGUCACUGCAUAGAUAUAUAUUCGUGUGCAUUGGAUCAGACAGGUUUAAUGGAAAUGAAACAAUGCUGUAACUCUACCGGUGGUCAUAUGGUUAUGGGUGAUUCGUUUAAUUCUUCUUUAUUCAAACAAACUUUUCAACGUGUGUUUGCGCGCGAUGCACGUGGCGAUCUUAAAAUGGGUUUCAACGGCACGCUGGAGGUAAAGUGUUCGCGUGAGCUAAAGAUCUCUGGUGGGAUUGGCUCGUGUGUGUCAUUGAAUGUGAAGAGCCCGUCGGUAUCGGACGUUGAAAUUGGCAUGGGUAACACGGUGCAAUGGAAAUUAUGCACGCUGAAUCCCAGCUCGACAUUAGCAUUCUUCUUCGAGGUGGUGAAUCAGCAUGCAGCACCAAUGCCACAAGGAGGACGUGGUUGCAUACAGUUUAUUACGCAAUAUCAGCACCCAAGUGGACAGCGACGCAUUAGAGUAACCACAUUAGCAAGAAAUUGGGCCGACGCCACAACGAAUAUACAUCAUAUAAGCGCAGGAUUUGAUCAAGAAGCUGCUGCUGUUAUAAUGUCACGAAUGGCUGUUUAUCGUGCUGAGACGGAUGAGGGUCCCGAUAUAUUGCGCUGGGUGGAUAGGCAACUUAUACGUCUGUGUCAAAAAUUCGGUGAAUACAGCAAGGAUGAUCCAAACAGUUUUCGAUUGGCGCAAAACUUUAGUUUGUUCCCACAAUUCAUGUAUCAUCUGCGUCGUUCACAAUUCCUCCAAGUAUUCAACAAUUCGCCUGACGAGACCACAUUCUAUCGACACAUGCUGAUGCGCGAAGACCUUACCCAAUCAUUAAUUAUGAUUCAACCAAUUCUAUAUAGUUAUUCAUUUAAUGGUCCACCAGAGCCGGUGUUGUUAGAUACAUCAUCCAUACAGCCCGAUCGAAUUUUGCUGAUGGACACAUUCUUUCAAAUUCUGAUAUAUCACGGCGAAACAAUAGCACAGUGGCGUGCACUAAAGUACCAGGAUAUGGUUGAAUACGAAAACUUCAAACAAUUGCUGCAAGCACCUGUAGAUGAUGCUCAAGAAAUACUCCAAACACGGUUUCCUAUGCCUAGGUAUAUCGAUACUGAUCAUGGCGGCUCUCAGGCGCGUUUCCUCUUAUCGAAAGUGAAUCCUUCACAGACACACAACAAUAUGUACGCUUACGGACAGCCGCCAAUUGGUCAAUCGACGGAUGGAGGUGCGCCUGUACUCACUGAUGAUGUUUCCCUUCAAUUGUUCAUGGAACACUUGAAGAAGUUGGCCGUAUCAUCAACUACAUGAAUUAGACUGUGGAACCGAGUUAAAUUUUAUUUUAGAAAUAUCCUAGCAUUUAUAAGAAGACGCUUAAUGCAAUGUUGGUCUGUCGGAACUUAGUGUUUUCAGUUUUCAGUUUUCUGUUUAUCGU